UCUGUUUUGAAGUCAUGCCCUCUGUAUAUCAAAUUUCAACUCGCGAUCAAUUCCAGAUUGCCAUCAUCUGCGCCCUAUCCGUCGAAGCAGAUGCGGUAGGAGGUGUCCUGGACGAGACGUACGAGGAGCCUGAUGAUGAUUUAGAUAGCAAACUGCCCGACGAUCCUAAUCGCUAUACCUUGGGGCGCAUAGGCCCGCAUCCCGUUGUUCUGGUCCAACUGCCCGGUCUAGGGACCCUGAAUGCCACGAUCGGCUCAGGCUAUCUGAAACGGCAGUUUCCCAAGGUCCACCUGGCCCUCGUGGUCGGUAUCUGUGGCGCCAUCCCCCGAUUGCCAGAUGGGACAGAUGUCUUCCUGGGAGAUGUUGUGAUCAGCGAAGGCGUUCCGCGCAAAGCUGACGCGGUUUCGGACGGCUUGACCUUCAACGCCGCGCACAACCUUUCAUCUAUGCAACACAACCUCGCCUGCUACCUGCAAGCCACACAGCGCUCGUCCGGCGAACCAAAAUACCACUACCCCGGAACAGACCACGACCGGCUCUUCCCGGCGCGCUACCAGCACCGGCAUCCGGACUCGAUGCCAUGCGAUUUGUGCAGCAGGUACAGUCGCACCGAGGGUCCGGGCUGUAUCGAUACAUUUCACCUCUCCUGUGAGGAUAUGGAAUGCGACAACCAUGUAGAACGAUCGCAGAUCCGGCGGCGUUCGGAUGAGAGUCCUUCCGGCACAGUACCCCGCCCGCGUAUAUUCUGCGGGAAAAUCGGAUGCACCGACAUGGUGAUGCGAUCCGGCGAGGACAGGGAUCGGUUUGCGGCGGAGCACGCGGUUGUUGGGUUUGAGAUGGAAGGCGCCGGGGUGGAGUUGUAUCUCCCUUCUUCCGUUGUGGUGGUGAAGGGGGUGUGUGACUAUGCCGAUAGUCACAAGGAGAAGCGGUGGCAGCCGUAUGCGGCACUCUCUGCGGCUUGUUGUGUCCAAGCGCUUCUUGCCGAGGUUGCUGGCGAAAAUCAAGGCUUGGGGAAAGAGGCAUGGGAUGGGGAUUAGGUGUUUCACUCGGUCGCGCAAGGUGAGUCACGGUUUGCGGAGCAUGGGGUGUCGUCUCAGUCUUGGAAGCUGUGUGUUGGCGUUUGUCUGCUCGGCUUGUUACUAUGUUUGUGUGUGUGUGAUGAGUGGUCUAGAUUGUCGAUCUUAUUCUGAACAGGGUUCUGUCGACACGGUGGUCCCUCGACAUCGCGGUCUUGAGCCUGUUCUAAAACAGAGAAAACUCCAUCGUGAGAUG